AUGACACAUAUUCCCGAAGUUCUGCCCAAGUCCAUACCCAUCCCUGCAUUUGUCGUCACUACGUCGUCUUACCUCUGGUACUACUUCAACCUGUUGAUGGUGCAGAUUCCUGGGGGCCAGUUCGUCGUCUCGUACAUCAAGAAGUCGCACCACGACGAUCCGUACCGGACCACCGUCGAGAUCGGGCUGAUCCUGUAUGGGAUCAUCUACUAUCUGUCGAAGCCGCAACAAAAGAAGAGUCUGCAGGCGCAGAAGCCCAACCUGUCGCCCCAGGAAGUCGAUGCCUUGAUCGAGGACUGGGAGCCCGAGCCACUGGCCACCCCCAUCGCCAUCGAUGAGCAAUUGUGGAGAGUUGCCGCGAUCCCUGUCACCAUGGACAUGCCAAUCCAGAACCACGUAACGAUCACGAGGAACGAUCUUAAGGAGACGUACACCAACGUUUUCAACCUGGCCUCGAACAACUUCCUGCAGUUGUCCGUUACGCAGCCCGUCACGGACGUGGUCAAGACCACCAUCAAGAACUAUGGGGUGGGUGCCUGUGGGCCCGCUGGGUUUUACGGUAACCAGGACGUCCAUUACAGGUUGGAGUACGAUUUGGCCCAGUUCUUCGGCACCGAAGGUGCCGUGCUGUACGGCCAAGACUUCUGUGUCGCCCCAUCUGUGAUCCCUGCCUUCACCAAGCGUGGUGACGUGAUCGUUGCCGAUGACGAGGUUUCUCUAUCGGUGCAGAACGCCCUGCAACUAAGCAGGUCCACGGUCUACUACUUCAGCCACAACGACAUGAACUCGUUGGAAUCUCUGUUGAACGAGUUGACCGAACAGGAAAAACUCGAAAAGCUGCCCGCCAUCCCAAGAAAAUUCAUCGUCACUGAAGGUAUCUUCCAUAACUCCGGUGAUCUGGCUCCACUACCGGAGUUGACCAAGUUGAAAAACAAGUACAAGUUCAGGUUGUUUGUCGACGAGACGUUCUCCAUCGGUGUGCUUGGUGCCACGGGUCGUGGGUUGUCCGAACACUUCGACAUGGACCGCGCCACGUCCAUCGACAUCACUGUCGGGUCCAUGGCCACCGCAUUAGGCUCCUCCGGUGGGUUUGUGCUUGGUGACACCCCCAUGUGCCACCACCAACGUAUUGGUUCCAACGCCUACUGUUUCUCCGCCUGCUUGCCUGCCUACAACGCAACGUCCGUCUCCAAAGUACUAGACUUGAUGGACUCGAACAAUGACGCUGUGCAGACACUGCAAAGAUUGUCCGCACAUUUGCACGAAAGCUUUGCAUCAGACAACACUCUGCGCCCAUACUUCAUCGUGACGUCUUCCCCCGUGUCCGCUGUACUCCACUUGCAACUGACACCGGAAUUCAGAUCCCGCAAGUUUGGCUACACCCGUGAACAGCUGUUCGAAACCAUAUCGGAUCUACAGAAGAAGUCCCACACAAACAAGUACAUCGAACCUUACGAGGAAGAAGAGAAAUUACUGCAAGCCAUAGUCGACCACGCUCUUGCUAACCACAAGGUGCUUAUCACAAGGAACACCAUCGUGCUGAAGCAUGAAACACUCCCAGUGGUUCCAAGCUUGAAGAUCUGCUGUAACGCCGCCAUGUCCCGAGAGGAACUCCAACACGCCUGCGAAAGUGUUAAGCAAUCCAUCCUUGCUUGUUGCCAAUAA